GCGGCAACAAGGGAGAGUCCCAAUUGUUUGAUCAAAGCUGUUAGUCACAUCUCGACAAUUGGGAGUGCUUUCUCGGUAAAUUUAGGCUGGCGAGAGAUACUGACUAACAGCUCUGACUGACUUAUAGACCUGACUCCUGCUGCUUUAAUACCACAGCCGUGGAGGUCGUCUCCGCUACUAACUGACCGCGACCCUGAGCAUCUCUCUACUCUGCCUCAGUAUCAUUGGCCAAUCGACUCAUCGACGCAGCCUUGCCAAAAGCGACCAAGCGCGGUCGCGCGCCCUCUCUCGACUCUUGCUCUUGCUCUUGCGCUUCGUCCCAAUCCUGGAAAUAUGCACUAGAAGCAUGUGGUGACUUGUCUUGUUCCUUCUUUGCCAUCGUCUCCUCAGUUGGAACGUCCUGAGCGAGGAUGAGCUCGCCUGCUGCUCGGCCAAGGCGGCCGUCAACACCAUCCUUUCUGAUUCUGACGGAGGACUCGACGCCACUGCCGACACGCAGCGGCCAUCUUGCCUCGCUUCUUCGCUCCCGCUCUGCGACCAGUCUCAACAAUUUGCACAGGCCCAAGUCGCAGCAGGAUGAGGAAGCCGGUCCCCGUCCUGGUUGGAACCGUGAUGAUGAGGAAGACAUUGGGCGACUGCUCAAUGACGAGCACCGCCUCAGCCAGAUUCUCCAUGGCCCGCAGCAGAGAAGCAUGAGCCUUAUUGGCAAAAGCAAUCCCAGAUACCGAUGGGAGAGAUACUGGAAAAGCGACCAAGAUCUCGCUACCAUGUCAAAGCCAAUCCGCAAAUACUAUGAGAGGACAAAUGACCUCAUCCAGCAAUACCUCUACAUUGAUCGUCUGCUGGACUCGACCAUUCCCCAUGAGCUGCUCAACGAGUACUCGGCCGAGCUCCAUGCUUCGGCCUAUCGCCCUGUCGACGUCCCAGACACAAUCCUGGAAGAUGAGCCAUCAACAUCAGCAUCGCAAUCACCACCCACCGCCACUUCUCCACCGGCCAACGGCUCCUAUGGCACGACGACGCCCAACACAUCCAACGCAAACCCCACGCCUCUCCAGAAACGCACGCCAAAGGACAUCUUCCGCUCCUCCGAGUCACUCCCUCUCCUCAUGCAUACCGACGAUGGCGAUGAUGACCACGGCCCCGUAACACCUACCAGGACAGCCACCUCCACCCCUGGACCAAAGCCCAAUCUCCCGUGGCUCGAGGAUGCCGACCUUGACAGCGACAGCCCCAUCGUCACACUCGCCAUCUGGAUCAACUUUAUCGCCAACGCUGUUCUGCUCGCCGCCAAACUCGUCGUCGUCAUAUGGACACCCUCCAUGUCUGUCCUCGCCAGUCUUGUCGACGCCGUUCUCGACUUUCUGAGUACAGCCAUUGUCUGGCUGACUACGCGGCUCAUCCUCGCCAGCCAGUCGGACCAGUUCACGUAUCCCGUCGGCCGGCGACGCUUGGAGCCAGUGGGUGUCUUGGUCUUCUCGGUCAUCAUGAUCACCAGUUUCUGCCAAGUCCUGCUCGAGUGCAUCCAGCGGCUCGCGGGACCGGAACACAAGGUGCUACAGCUCGGCCCGGCGGCUAUUGGUAUCAUGGCAGGCACCAUAGUCAUCAAAGGCGCUGUGUGGCUUUGGUGCCGUCUUGUCAAGAAUUCUAGCGUGCGCGCAUUAGCCGAAGACUGCAAAACCGACAUGGUUUUCAACUUUGGCUCUAUACUCUUUCCUAUCAUUGGGUUCUACGGGCACAUAUGGUGGCUAGACGCAACAGGUGGUCUCCUUCUCUCCCUGUUUGUCAUCCUCCAGUGGUCCAAGACAUCAGCCCAUCACGUUCGGAAUCUGACUGGGUUCUCCGCCCAGCCUGACGAGCGCAACCUGCUGCUCUACCUCACCAUGCGCUUCGCCACGGCGAUUCGCCGCAUCCAGAACUUGCGUGCCUACCAUGCCGGCGACAAGCUCUUUGUCGAGGUGGACAUUGUGCUGGACGCCAGCAUGCCCCUCAAGGACAGCCACGACCUCAGCGAGGUGUUGACGUACUUCCUCGAGGGGGUCCCGAUUGUGGACAGGGCGUUUGUGCAUGUUGACUAUACGAGUUACAAUGCGCCGACGCACAUGCUCAAACAGUCGUCGUCUUCGUGACGUGAGCUGCCAUGCGCCGGGGGGAGUGUCUUUUGAAUAGCCAUGCAAUCUAGCACCAAAGCGAAUGGAUU